AUGGCUGUUAAACAAUUUUAUUUGCUGGGAGAGCCUAGCUCGUCAGCUCGGAAUGUCGAGGUGGAUUCAUCUCUUGACUCUGAAGGACUUCAGCAUUUGAUUGCUGGUCAUUUUGCCAUUGUUGAGCCUCAUGGCAUCACUUUCCAAUCUGAUGACGCGACACUAUUCACCGUGUCAGAGGUUCUGGUCAACGAGAACCCCAUCGCUAUCACGAUAGAUGGCAAAGCAGUCCGAGAGAUUCCCGGACCAAACGGUCUUCCUUUUGUAGGAAACUUUUUCGAGAUCUACCCCGAUCACUUGGGCAACCACCAGCGCCUGUUCGAACAGUAUGGCCCUAUCUUUCAGACCACCAACAUGGGUCGCACGGUCUACCACACCAACGACCCUCUCUUGUCAACUAUUGUGUUUGCCGAGUCCGAUUUCUUCACAAAGAAGAUCAACGAAGCCCACCCCUUGUAUCCUAUCAAGAACAAGGAAGCGGGGGUCUUCCUUGGGCCUAAGGCUGUGCGUCACUAUGCUCCCACUAUGCAGGCGACGGUUGAGGAUGCGUUCAAGGUGUUCGAUCAGCUCGAUGAGCAGGAGGAGGCGUGGAAUGUCUACCAGUACAUGUUGAAGCUGGGCGCGCAGGCUGUGGGCAAACUGGUUCUGGGGAUCGACUUUAAGCACUUCACAACGCCCGAUGCUCCCCCUCACGAGCUGGUGUACCGCAUUGCCGAAUCAUUAGAGCUGAACAAGAAGGUGACUGCUCGAGGAAACUGGUACGCCAAACUGCCGUUUGGUGAUCCCCAACGUUUGCGCGAUGCCAGAUGGCGCAUCAUGGAGAUGGUCGAAGAGUCGAUUCAAAAUGCGGCUCGCGGUGGAGUUGAGGAUCUCCCUCUACAGGACGCAGCUUUGCAAGCAUCCAACAUGAUCGACUACGCCAUCCGCGCCACCGACAACAAGGGUGAGAAGCUGCCCAAGGAAAGUCUCAUGUCCGCCCUGGUCGUGGCCACCGGCGCCGGUUUCACAACCACCAGCUCCCUUCUCUCCUGGCUCCUCUACUCUAUGGUCACCUACGAGGGCAUGCAAGAGCGUCUCCUCCAAGAACUCGUUGACCACGACAUCGACGCCAACACCCAACUCACCGCUGACCUCACCGACAAACUCACCUUCAUGGACCACUUCAUCAAGGAGACCCAGCGCCGCCAUAACCCCUCCUACCAGCCCGCCCGCACUGCAAAGGUCGACAUGAUCCUCCCUGGCGGAUACAAACUGCCCCAAGACGCAAUCGUCAUCCCGGCCCUGCACCACGUGCACAACAACCCGGCCGUGUGGGAGAAUCCCGCCCGCUUCGAUCCCGAUCGCUGGGACAUGGAGCAGGUCAAGAAUCGCCACAAGGGCGCGUAUAUCCCCUUCGCGGCCGGUCCGCGUAUGUGUAUCGGAUUCAAUUUCGCGCUGCAGGAGGUCAAGGUCUUCUUGCCCAAGUUGGUCUACCGAUACAAGUUCACCAAGGAGAAUGACGGGCCGAUCGAGUACGAUCCCAUGUUCCAGCUCAUCCGCCCGAAUAACCUGUACGUGCGUGCCGAGCGACGUGUGAAGUGGCCCUUCAAGAGCGAGUCUGUUUGA